CAGUUGCACGGAAAAAUGGCGCUGUUCAUGGAUACCGGGCUGUUGUUGAGAAAAGUAAAUAAUUUAAGGUGUUUCACACCCAGACGAAACCGAGUAAAAGAAAAAUGGGCUGCCACUCGAGCCAAAUACCCUCCUACUACUCUGGCACUUCAACAUUUUGAUGCCGCCUAUGGCAUCCAGCUGGGGCACCUCUGGCCCUCGGUCCGAGCAGCUUUGCUCUGUGAGAGGAAAUACGGAGCACUGGUCAACAAUUUCUCAGAUGAUGAUGUUCUGUCAGACCUCCAAGAUCAGGGAUGUAGGGACUUCAUCAGUGACACAGAUCUGGAGGUUCAUCUGGAGCAAAUAUCAGCGGUUGGUGUUGAAGGGGAAUCCUCUGAUCUCUCUACAAAGACUUCUGACAUUUCCCAUCAGCAGCUGUCUCCUCUACAAAUCAGUCGUAACAUCAAGUGCUUAGUGUUUCCAAGAGGGGAUAUCACAAGAUUCAAACCUGCCAAACCAGACAAGUUUGGGUUGUUGGGUUAUUACCUGAUGGACGCUGCAUCUGUGUUGCCUUGUCUCGCCCUCGAUGUCCAAGAGGGUCACAAUGUACUUGACCUCUGUGCUGCCCCAGGAGGAAAGACGCUGACUCUUCUUCAAACUCAGUGUUUAGGGUUUCUGUGUGUUAAUGACUCCUCUAUAUCUCGAACUUUGCGACUGAAGAGGGUCCUCCACAGCUACACUCCUAAGCCAUUUCUGUCAGGCGAUAACCUACGUAUCACCUCCUUCGAUGGAACCAAGUGGGGAGAAAUCGAGAGGGACACAUUUGACAGGGUUCUUGUAGACGUUCCCUGUACGACAGACAGGCAUUCACUUGUAGAAGACGAUAAUAAUAUCUUCAGUAGGAGCAGGACCGGCGAGAGGCGAAGGCUGCCACAGCUACAGCUGGAGCUGCUGCUGGCAGGGAUCGAGGCGACGCAUCCAGGCGGGGAAAUCCUGUACUCCACCUGCACGUUAUCUCAAACGCAGAACCAGAGUGUGGUGGAACAGGCCAUCCACCUGGCGCAAGAAAAUCACAGCAUCCACCUGCAGGUGGUGGAUCUGAAACCCCUCACACACAUGUUUAGGAAGACCUUUCACUUCGCUCCUAACCUCCACCUGGGUGAGAUGGUCAUCCCACACUUGGCUGCUAACUUUGGGCCAAUCUACAUGUGCAAACUGAAGAGACUGACGUAGACUGUUGGACGCCGCGAACAUUUAUGGACACUUGAAUUAAUAAAUUAUUCCUUGUUGGACUAAUGGACAAUCAGACAUGAACUGAUCUAAGGUGAUAUUAUAGUAUGAGAGAAACCCCAACGAUGGACAAGCUCAGUGACAUAAGAGCAGCUUGGAAAGGGCUGGUGUCAUGAAGGUGUUUGGUCAGCAGGGUUGGUUUUGCUCAGUCUAAUGCAGACCUGCAUAUUGUACAGUCCGUGGGGCACAUGCAGCCCAAUAGCUGACCCUGACUGGCCCACAUGAGGUCACUGGCAAAUUAAAAGUUGAUGCAAAUGUAUAUCAUCGUAAUAGAUACAAACCAAUACAACGACACUGCUUUAUUUUGAAGGAUCUGCUAAAAUGAACAGUUUUUUUUCACAUGCUUUCCAUAACUUACAUAAGGCUUAUGCAACUGAUCUGUUUGUUGGUGAGUUUCAGCCCAUGAAGAUGUCAGCUAACUCCAAAAAAAAGAAAGAUGAUUCAGAAUGCAGAGUUGUUAACAAG